CGUUCCCAGUGAACGGUGCAAACGGCACAGAGUUCUCAGCGAGCCUUUAUUACCUCAGGAUCAGUGGACAAGGAAACCGGGACAACCGCGAGAUUUUCGGGGGUGCAGGCCCGCGAUUGGUGAAAGAAAGCUUGCUGGCAAUUGCGACAGCCGGCUUAAGCAUCACCUCAUCGCGAGCACCUCACAUCGCAAGCAAGCACCUCACUUCGCAAGCAGUUCACAUCGCGACACUGUUUGCGCGUCGCCACCCCGGCCGCCCAGUAAUCGCACAACGACACCGCCCAUUCGGAUUGCGUUCCCCAUUGACAACGUGCGAGGAUCACGCCGGCCCGCCUAUCUGUUCCGCCACAGACGAGCACACGAGAGCGACUGUGCGCGCCAGGACCGGGACUGCAUGGAGGCUCUCGUCCCCUGGGACGCCAUCACUACCCAGCGCUGGCGUGCUUUAUGUCGCCAUGUCUGUGCUACAUCAUAAUUCCGCAGGCCGGAGCCACACCGCUACCACCGCCGCCGCUCGUCCCUCCAUCGCCCAGCAGCAGCCCACGCCUGGGGACGACGACGACACCAGCGCCAAAACAGAAAAUCACGAACCCUUCUCGCUACCGUCACGCCAUCACGAGCACGGACAUGGUGAGCUCUACACCUCGCAUCACGAUCACGAGCACGAAAGCAGCCUGAAGAGAGACACCCUCCAACACCCGCCUCCACACACCAAGCACGCCGAUAUGAAUCUUUCCUCCUUUCUCCAUGAGCACAUCCCGGGCUCCUACAAUCCCACUGGCGACAACAGCAGCGCCCACGCCCACAAAGACCACCGCGACCACGACGCCGAAGAGCAAAGACCGAACACGAAGUUCUGCUACCGACACCGACCUGAUCUGAAGUGCCGGCGGCAAGCAAAUGAGACGUCAAUGGAACAACUGCAGCAUGAGCUAUCGGGACUCCCGCAAAUGGAUCAGCAGGUCAUCUCCCAAGUCUGGUCCUCCUUCUCUGCCGCCCCCGCCAAACACCGCAACCUCAUGCUGCAAGGCAUCCUCGCACAAUGCUGUUUCCCGCAGCUCUCUUUCAUCUCAGCCAACAUCCGCGAUCUGAUCAAGAUCGACUUCUUGUCUGCGCUUCCACCCGAGCUUGGCUUCAAGAUUCUCUGCUAUUUGGACACCACUUCGCUGUGCAAGGCCGCCCAGGUCAGUCAGCGAUGGAGAAGCCUGGCAGAUGAUGAUGUGGUAUGGCACAAGAUGUGCGAACAGCAUAUCGAUAGAAAGUGCACCAAAUGUGGUUGGGGAUUGCCUUUGCUGGAGAGAAAGAGAUUGCGGAUUGAGAAGAGACAGAUACAAUUGCGCGCGACAGGCAGGGGGCUCAACCAAUGGUCACCAGACAUUACUCCGAUUCCGGAAGAUGCUGAGGCUUCGAUGCCUCCACUUCAACCACUGGACGGAGAGGCAGGCAGCAGCCGCGGCACAAAGCGAUCCAUAGACGCCACUUCCGUGGGCUCGCCAGAACUCGCGAAGCGACAUUGUUCCACAUCAUCCCAGGACAGUGGUGUCGUCGGUGUUGACGGGAAUGACGCUUAUUUUGCGCCACGAAAGAGGCCAUGGAAGGAUGUCUACAAGGCUCGUUUCAAGGUUGGGACAGCGUGGAAGUAUGGCAGAUGCUCCACGAAAGUAUUCAAGGGCCACACCAACGGUGUCAUGUGCCUGCAAUUCAAUGAAAACGUCUUGAUCACAGGCUCAUACGACACGACAGUAAAGGUCUGGGACAUCAAUACUGGAGAAGAAAUUCGAACGUUGACCGGCCACACGAGCGGCAUUCGGGCCCUGCAAUUCAACGACCAGAAGCUCGUCACUGGCAGUCUGGACUCAACAGUAAAGCUCUGGAACUGGCGAACUGGUGAACUGUUGAGGUCAUUCCACCCUCACAGCGAUGGUGUCAUCAGUGUGACUUUCACAUCACGUUAUAUGGCAUCUGGAUCGCGAGAUCGGACGAUCCGCGUCUGGGACCACAAGAAUGGCUCGACCUAUACACUUCGAGGGCAUUCAGAUUGGGUGAACAGUGUCAAGAUCGACGAUGCCUCACGCACGCUGUUUUCUGCCUCGGACGAUCUGACUGUUCGCCUGUGGGAUCUGGAUACGCGCGAGUGCAUCCGUGAGUUCACUGGUCAUGUUGGUCAAGUGCAACAAGUCGUACCCAUGCCUCCUGAAUUCAAUUUGGACGACAUCGUACUCACUCCCAACGACAAGGACGACGAUGAAACCAGCGUUAGCUCUGUAACGAUCGCCCAGUCGCACCGAGAACACAUCAAUAGCAGCCCUAAUGAUUCCGAUCCAUUCUGGCCGAACGAUGCUGACAGACCAGCGCCACCUCGCUACAUGAUUACUGGCGCUCUGGACUCUACGAUCCGUCUCUGGGACACGCAUUUCAGGAGCAAGCCCACACGGGAGCCUUCGCCACACCUCAAUUCAUCUGGAUUCGACAUCCUGCCAACAGACCCUCUGACCAACUCCCACUUGCCUCGCGCUCAAGCGUGCGUGCGCACUUUCUUUGGUCACGUCGAAGGCAUAUGGGCUCUUUCAGCGGACCAUCUCAGGAUGAUCUCCGGAAGCGAGGACCGGAUGAUGAAAGUGUGGGACCCCCGAACGGGCAAGUGCGAAAGAACUUUCACGGGCCAUCAAGGUCCGGUGACGUGCUCUUGGUUGAGCGACAGUCGUGUCGCUAGUGGAAGUGAGGACUGUGAAGUCCGAAUGCUAUGUUUUGGAGACGAACAAUAUAAUACACAUGAUGGGCAGCCCUGAAACUGAUGGGCUGCAUGAAUUUAGCGAAAUUUUAGAGCUGGAAAUUGGAGUUUGAAGCGAUUGAUGGAAACUUUAGCGUUGGUGUUUGGGUGUAGAAGAAAGCAAGUCGAUUGAUCGAUUCAUCAGCGAAAAAUUCUGAAAAGAGAAGACGGGAUGGAUUCAUUCUUAGUCUAGAUGAGGUCAUGGCGUUAUAUGGCAAAUUUCAGUGGCGUCUUGUGCGAUGGCCACUUAACAUAAUAAGAG